UUUCGAUUAAAAAAACAACAUGGCUGUAUCCUUUCAAAAAAUGAGUUUGCGGUUCACAUUGUUCAACAAUGUUAAAAGAAAGGUACGGACUUUUUGGUUAUGCGAUGGUGCAACAGGACAUUAUGCUGGCUUUGUUCCGCAACAAUUGUGUUCUUCUACGUAUGCCCCAGGCCGAAAGAAAUUAGCUCUCAGAUUAAGUAGGACAUGGCCUUGGCCCCGGCAGAUGUUGGCAAUCUCACAGCGACCAACACCUGCUUCCAGCGUUGCCAAGAACACUGGAAUCGCAACUCGACAAAACCACAAUGUGUGUGGUUCAAGGACGAUACACACGAAACGAGGCGAAAAAACAAGUUUAUCUUCCUUUCAAGAAUCGAAAACUCGGGCCUCAGUUCUUGAAAGAGCAGCCAUGGACCCGAACCCCGGGGAGUUAAGUACAAGACGAUGGGUAUUGAGAACAGGACAUGAGAAUGUUUACUUGUCAUGGGGUAGAAAUUCCCUAAUUGCACUUGUAGGAGGAACUAGUGUUUACAUGCAAGAUCAAAUUCCUUGGGCUAAAGAAGCAGCAGUAGGACUGUUUCUUCUUGGUGGAAUUUCCUUCUCAAUCGGCACUUUUGGAUAUAUCAUAUCGACAAUCGCGCUGCGCAAAACAAUGAGACUCACAUUACCUUUUGUGAUUUGGAACUGUACACAUGCUUCCAUCAGUCUACUACUUUUCUCUUCCAUCAUUGCAAUCUACCUGGGUUAUGUGGAGGAGGAACCCACAACAAUUUCCAUUGAAGACUCCCAUAACAUGUAACUAUCGCUGGUGGUCACUUUAAUGAUAAGAAGAAUUACUAAUACGAUACCACUGGAAUGGUACUCUUACUGAUAUACCAAACUGGUAAUAAUAUUCAGAGCACUUUAUAUAAAUUUGAUUGUACACCAUUGUACUGCUGAAUUUGCUUGCAGUGCCUUAUCUACGCAGGUUUUCAGAAGAUGAUACAUGUAGUCCUAAGCUGAUUAAAAGUAGUCCUUGGCUCUAUGCAUUCGUAAUAUAGUAUCAGAAAAUGUGACGUCAUUAAAACCACAUAACUAUGAUUCACCAUUAUUUCAUGUUAAUAAGCCGGGCACAUAGAGCUCAUGGGGGGAUAUAGUGGUUGCCAGCUUUCCGUCCGUAUUGUGUCGUAUCUGGACUGAUAUAUAGACAUUCAACCAUUGCUUUAUUGAAUGUAUUGGGCUCAUGCUGUGAUCAACUUAUUUAAUAACCAUUAAUGUUUAUGUGAUCUCAUUAAAUAUGCAAAAAACUAUCAUAUCUAGAGCACUAGUUGCCGCUAGACAUUCAAACACUAUGUUUCAGUUGCUGUUUGUUUCAACCUUCAUCCGUACCGCCUGUUUUAAUAACUACUACAUUCUUUCAUGAGCUGUGAACGACCAUCUUGAUUCUACUGCACUCAAGUUAACAACACAACCUUCACAUUUGUAGAUGCUUCAGUUAUUUGCAGGAAAUGAUCAUUCUUAUAACAGUAGCUUGCAUCUUCAUACAGGUAUACCCCAUGGUAAGUUGCCUGUGAGCUGAAAGGAAUUAUAUGCUAAUUAUUAUACAAAUAAACAUUUACAUGAUAUUA